GUCCGGGGGGUGGAGGCUGGGGUGGGGCCCGGGGCAAGUGCUGUGUUGUGGUUCCGGGUAGAGGCCGAACGCCAGUCCCUGAGCGGCGGUAGCAGCAAUGGCGAUUUUUAGUGUGUAUGUGGUGAACAAAGCUGGCGGCCUGAUUUACCAGCUGGACAGCUAUGCGCCGCGGGCCGAGGCUGAGAAAACUUUCAGUUAUCCCCUGGAUCUGCUGCUCAAGCUACACGAUGAGCGUGUGCUGGUUGCUUUCGGCCAGCGGGACGGUAUCCGAGUGGGCCAUGCAGUGCUGGCCAUCAAUGGCAUGGACGUGAAUGGCAAGUACACGGCCGACGGGAAAGAGGUGCUGGAGUAUCUGGGUAACCCUGCUAACUACCCGGUGUCCAUUCGAUUUGGCCGGCCCCGCCUCACUUCUAAUGAGAAGCUCAUGCUGGCCUCUAUGUUCCACUCGCUCUUUGCCAUCGGCUCUCAGCUGUCUCCUGAACAGGGAAGCUCAGGCAUUGAGAUGCUGGAGACAGAUACAUUCAAAUUGCACUGCUACCAGACACUGACAGGGAUCAAAUUUGUGGUUCUAGCAGAUCCUAGGCAAGCUGGAAUAGAUUCUCUUCUCCGAAAGAUUUAUGAGAUUUACUCAGACUUUGCCCUCAAGAAUCCAUUCUACUCCUUAGAAAUGCCCAUCAGGUGUGAGCUAUUUGACCAGAAUUUGAAGCUAGCCCUGGAGGUGGCAGAGAAGGCUGGAACUUUUGGACCUGGGUCAUAGGCUGAACCUGCGAUGGACCCCCACAUUCUGAGAGUUCCCGCAACAGGAAUACUGUUUCCACUCGGUGGAGAUUCCAGCAGCCUUGUUAGUGCACUUGAAAAUGGGAAAAUGCUGACCCUGAUGACAUGUGCUGAUUCCUGAGCCUUAACACUAUGCUCUUUCCUUCUGUAUAUAUCAUGGUCUUAUUUUCCAACUCUGUACAGAUUUAUUUAUGGAGGAGAAAGGUCCAUAAAUGUUGUAAUAAACAUUCCUUUGAUCUUGG